ACUCCCUUCCAGACCAAACCGCGACAAACCACCCUGUGCGCCACAACAGUUUGUAGUAAAUUAAUUCUAAAUAUGUAACUAAUUGUAAAGUCGUUGUAAAUAAUGUUUGUAAUAAAGCAGGUGAAAACAAACGCGUCGUUCUUAAUACAAACAAAGAGUGUUCAAUGGUGUAAUAAUCGAUACGAAAAUACGCGAUCGGAUAGUGGAAAAUGAACGGCAUUUUAUCUCCUAGGGCGAAAAAACGUAAACAAAAAGAAGACAUGAAGGAACAGAUAGUAGCACAGGUUCACAAAUCGGUGAUUUCUAAUCCUAGCAGUGACAAUGAUUACCAAUUAUCGGAAACCGAGUCCAACAGGACUUAUACGAAAUAUGAAGACAAAAACGAAAAUAUUAGCAUGCACACCCCAAGUAGAGAAAUCUCCGUGGACGGUGAAAGUCAGAUCAACUCAAAAAUUUUAUCUCUAAUAGAGACCGAAAUGCGAAGGGAUAUAAACAGACAUUCCCAUUUUACAGAUUCGCGACCUCAGAGUCUCAGCUUUUAUGAAGACGAGAAAAUGCCAGAGGAACUUUCAGGUAACUUGGAACUUCUCAGUCCUGAGGAACGAAAACAUUACAGAAAACGAAAAGAGUAUGCUCAAAUGGACACAGAUGAAAUGAAUGCGUACAAUACGAUGCAAGCAGCGCAUAGUGGAAGAGAUGCCGAUGAUAUAAUGACUUCUUCACUAAAAAAAUCAAAAUCAAAGAAGAAAAGACACGGAGACUCCGAAAUGGGCAUGGGUGAUAGUAGAGAAAUGAUGAUCCCGAAAGAAAAGAAGAAGAGCAAGAAGAAGAGGAGAGAUAUAUCGCCAGCAAAUUCGAGUAACAAUAAGCGAAAGCACAAAAAACGAGAAGAAGAAUACGAUCUUCGCAACGAUAUAGCCGUAGCCUUAGAAGAACUUCAAGAUGACGUAUUCGAAAAUAACCCCGAAUUUAAUUCCAGACCGGAUAAAAUGAAGAAAAGCCCUAGGAAAUCAGAUAAACUAUAUGUACAGAAGAAAAACAAGUUCGAAGUCACGUCUAGGUCGAAUACAUUAUUAAAUCGACCACCAUCGUUGGACAAUAUGGACGAUAACUUUGGCAAAAAGUAUGCAAUUUACCCGCUGGAAAUAGCCAUAUGCUUCCAAAAAUGGUGGAUACGGUUUUCCACGUUGUGUCACGGACUUCUCGGAGGAUUAGGUUUAGGACAUUGUCUUUAUUUGGUCUGUAAUUUACGUCAACAGGAUGCCAGUUUCUUAAUACACUACGCUUAUUUUAGUGACAUAUAUGUUGGGACAUUUUUCGCCCUCUGUGUUUUAUGUCUAGUAUCUGUGUUUGACAGGAUAGACACUGCUCACUUUGAGAAAAACGUCUUGAAGGAAUUUUGGAAUCAAAAACGAAUAUCUAUUAUAGCUUUUCUCUACGCUUUCUGUCUAGUUAUUCAUCUUAUUACUUUUAACUACGACGACCAGUUUUCAACGUUAUCAUAUCAAGAUUUUAAUAGUACAUUGUUAUAUAAUAUCACAAAAAGUGACCUACGAACAUGGAACCACCUAUCUUUAUGGAGAUCGUUGCUGGCUUUUACGGCUUGGAUUUUUGUAGGCUUAGGACCGACAGAAGACCUCCUCUAUCAGAAUCUGAAAAAUCUCGAGGCAUAUCUACCUAAUAAAUGAUCAACGUUUGUUUUACUAUCGUGUUGUAUAAUUUGUGAUAUUCUCAAUAUCUUUUGCUCUAAGACUGUUCAGAUUAUUUAAAAUAAAAAUUUAUGGGUUUU